CUCAGUCAACCGUUGGCAAGGCUUGUUGUGGAGUGCGUGACUGUGUGCGGCACCCGCCCGUCCAGCCACUCGCCUUCACAUUCCGUAUUCACCUUAGCAAUUGAAGCUGAGGCGAGUAGAAUUCGUGUUUAUCUAUCAUAACGAUCAUCCAGAGCAAGGUGCAGUAUAACGACCCUGUAUCAACAAGUGUGAAGAUAAUGGGGCAGGAAAGGAUCAACCUGGAUGCCCCCCGGUACAGCCAGUCUGAAUUCACUGGACGACUGAGACACUUCCUGGGUAUCACGGACUGGCGGCUCUGCUUUAAGAGUGAUGCUGAGCUGAACCAUGCCAAGGACAUCCUUCAGAAGUACAGAUUGGGCCAGGAGCCACCAGGCACAACGGAAGAGGUGAUCUGGCAGGCCAAGAGAGUCUAUGAGUCGGCUUUCCAUCCUGACACAGGAGAGAAACAAAACCUUAUUGGGCGCAUGAGCUUCCAAGUUCCGGGCGGCAUGCUGCUCACUGGAGCCAUGUUAACCUUCUACAAGUCCACCUCAGCUGUUGUGUUCUGGCAGUGGGCUAACCAGUCAUUCAAUGCCCUUGUCAACUACACAAAUCGGAAUGCAAAGUCUCCGCUGACUGUUGAACAGAUGGGGAUUGCAUACGUGUCAGCAACUACUGCAGCUCUGGCAACAGCUCUUGGUCUUAAAAGUUAUUUGAGUGGUCGAGUGUCCAGUCUUGUGCAGAGGUAUGUGCCAUUUGCAGCAGUGGCAGCAGCUAACUGCAUCAACAUUCCCUUGAUGCGUCAAAACGAGAUAGUGAAUGGCAUUGUUGUGUGUGAUGAGAAUGGAAAUGAACUUGUUAAUUCUAAAGUGGCAGCUGCAAAGGGCAUCUCUCAAGUGGUCUUUUCUCGCAUCUUCAUGGCAGCUCCAGGCAUGACUAUCCUUCCAGUGAUUAUGGAACGUCUGGAAAAGCAAAACUGGCUUCGGAAUUAUCCAAAACUCAAUGCACCAUUCCAGAUGUUAAUGUGUGGUGUAAUACUCACAUUCAUGACUCCUACAGCCUGUGCGGUCUUCAACCAGCGUUGCUCAAUCAGCACUGCAACCUUAGCCCGACUAGAGCCUGAUGCUCAUAAAGAGCUGGAGAAGAAGUGUGCAGGAAACAUGCCAGCUGUGGUGUACUUCAACAAGGGACUGUAACAAGUGCAGCAUUCCUUGCUCAUCAAGGGGACAAGGUUGUGGGUUUGUAAUGUUGCCCACUUGGGAAUCACAUAGGUUUUAUUUGUUUUGCUCAUUAAAUGGUGGUGGGAUUGAAUUUAAUCUGCAGGAAACUUGUAAAUAAUAAAAGAUGAAUUACUGUGAUUCACUGAUAUUAAUGGUUUUCAGUAUAGGUAAGUCUAGGUACAUUUUUUAAAUUUCAUACAAGUUUACAUGCAUACCAGAAAACCAUAUAAUAGAAGUAACUAGCACAACAUAUUUGGUAUUACUGAAUAUUUUAGUGUAAUGAUGCCAAUAGGUCAGUCAAGGAAGCAGUGUUUCAUGUGAGAUCUCCUUCCUUUGAAUUCCUUCCAGGUGCAAUACAAACACAAGUAUUCUUUGCUCUACACAUACUCUUACUGUCUCACAGCCACCUCACUGACUAGAUUCUCUAUAUGAAGAACAUUUACUCUGCUUCCUGCAAUCCUCUUGAACACUUGUUUCUUCAGUUUUAGUAUAAUUCAAAUUGUACAAUAAUUCUGUUCGACAUGACGCAUAAGUUAUGUAAAGUUUGUACUAUAGACCAAUGCUUAUGUUUGCUACUUUUCUAAGGGCUUCCACAGCAGACAUACCUUCCAGGUGACAAAGAUAGUGGUACACAUAAUGUAUGAAUGAAACAUACCACUUCAACAUGAUUAGUGGUAUAGUGUACUUGUAAUGAAAUUAUUCGUGAUGUAUAUACACUAUGUACAACAGCACAUAGCAUGAAUUGAAUAUGUGCACAAUGUGAUAUGCACAUUCAUGAGAUAUCUAAUUGCAUUAACUGAGCUUAGCAGGAUAAAGCUUCAUUACUCAGGGCAUGUUAAAUGAAUUAAGUUAAAUAGACACCUCAACAUAAAGUGAUCUCAGCAUAGUUCCUCACGUCAUACAGUGAUAUUUUAUGUAUUGUGUGUUUAAUUUUCCUUGUGAGCCUAAACCAGUUUGGUUUUUCUCAGAAUAUCAUUCACAAACCACAAGAUGUCUUAUCUACCAAUAUCUGAUGCAUAUUAUUAGGAAAUGUACACAGAGAAUGACCAUAUUAUAAUCUUCCAUUUACCUUUUCCCUACCAGUGCAGGCUCUAAUCUGAUCCUCUCCUUCUUUCUUCCCUUUCUUUCUUGUACACCAGUAACCUGUCCUUCCAGUCCUGAGAGUCAUUAUAUUGCAUCUGUUACAUGUAUCUUAUUCAUGUACAAUCUCUUUGUUAUCUGCUGUUGUUUCUUGAUUGUAAAUCUGUUAUACUCUUCUCAUAAAUUUCACUAUCCAUUCUCCUCAUGUUUUCAAGUAACUGAUUUUAAUUGGUUAGCUUUCUGACCUUUGUCUUUCACUUCACACUCAGCUCUUGCUUACAUGUGAUUGCUGGCAGUGCCAUUCACUGCAUUGUGAUAAUUGAUAGGAAGGGCAUGUACUGUACAUUCCUGAACAACACUGGAUAGGGUAACUAAAAAGAAGUGGAUAAAGAGACAAAAAUAGGAAGAUAAAUAAACCCCCCCCAUAAACUGGAAAGAAAUGGAAGGAAGGUAUAGUAACUGGAAACUAGGAAUGCUCAAGAUAAAAGACGGAGAUGGGGAAUAUAUGCGUGUGAAAGAUGGAACACACUAGCUUGAAGAAGGAAAUCUGAAAUGCAUGAAGUACAUGUGAGCAAUAAAUGAAGGAAUUAAAGGAGAAAGGAUCACUGCUUUAUCUUGAGGAAUAAGCAUAAAAAUGAUCAUGUGCUGUAUUUGAAACUGAGGCAUAGACACAAGUAUAAGGUAACAUUAAGGUCCAUCACAGCCAUGCUUAGUAUGGUAAAAUUUUAAAGGAGUGUGUUACAUACUUUUAAGAAUAUGGAAAUACAUCAAUAUAUUAAGUAAGAUUUCAUCUUUUUAUAACUUGCAGAUUAUUCUCUUAAGCUACAAGGGAAUAAAUCAUGGUUACAGUACCUAUAUGUAAAUACUGUAGUAAACACUUUAUAGUCUUCCAAACAAUACGAGUGUGUAUAAGUAACUAAACUCACUGGUUUCAUCUGAGGAAAUAGACCAUAGCAAAGAUGUCUUUCAAGUAAUCCCUUCCUGGCAGUGUGGCAUAUGUAUUCAUUAAUAAUUAAAAUACAUCUAUUUAUAGACUCUGCUGACCUGCCAUAUUUUUAUAUAUGGCCAUGAAUAUUUCAAACACAUCUAUAUAUUUACAGACUAGCAGAUUUGAAGAUACAUAAUGCAUCACACACACACACACACACACACACACACACACACACACACACAGUAUAUAUAAUGAAGAGAUGAGCUGACAAAUACUCAUUUUUGAAAUGUCUUAACACAACCAAGAAGGGCUAAGUAUAAAGGAUUCAGAAAUGAUAUUCAUAAAAACUAUAACUAAUACUACUUACAUUAUAUAAAACAUUAUUUACUCCUAACUAAACUAACUAUAUUUCACACACUAUUUGGUUUGCAGAGCACCAAGAUGGGUGACUAAAGUUUAGAUGUGUUAACAUUCCCAUAACAAAUGUGUUACAAGUGUGCUAUUUGUUAAGUAUUAACAAUGUAGACCAAAUGUGUUCAGUGUUACAAGGGGAAUUCUCUGUAAUGAAUAAAUCAAUCUACAGAUGAA